UGUUGGUUGUUGCUUGUUGCUUGUCCGCUGUCGCUGCAUGUUGCAUGUUGUCGGUGGGUUGUCGCAGGUUGCCGCUGCGCUUUUUCCGCCCUGCACGCAGACUCCGUGCGACUGCAAGGGGCACUCGAAUUAACAAGUGACGGAGCGCCGAAAAAACACUCCAGUUUUGCUAUUCUGACACAAUUUCGCGACGAAACAGCAGAGUUUGCAAAAAUAACGAAAAAAAACAGCGAGAAACAGCGAAAAUGUGUGUGUAAAAUAAAUGUGCAUUCAACAACAAUAGCGGAGAAAAGUGAGGAAAGAAACCAAAGAAGGUGCCGAGGCAGAAAUUGGAAAUAAACAAAAAGAAAUUGCAUAAGUCGGAUUUUUGGCGUGCGCUUUGCUCAUCUUCUGGCUCGCUGCUGCAAUAUUUGAGUGGCUUCUUCUGUUUAUCCCGCGAGAAAACGCGAGAAAAAAUAAAAAUAAAAAAAGCACGGGGACAGAGCAUCGAAAGAUUUAAACCUACUGGCGGCAUUUUACAAAAUUUUUAAUCAACUCCGCUGGGCAGCUUGACCAUUUGACUUUUUUCGAACAAGUUUGCAGUCAAGUUUCGCCUCUCCGUGUGUGCGUUUUCGGCAAUUAAAGCCCAUUAAUGCAAUUGUUGCUAACCAAUUUCUAUAUUCAUGUGUGUGCGCGCCAUUUAGCCGUUAAACAUUUAUGCAACUCGGCCGAAAGCAACAACAUCUGGCCAAGGGACGUACUUUAUCCGCAAUUGAAGUCUGUGUGAGACUACUAUGCCCAUUUGCAAAAGUUCGCCGGGCACGGCGAGCAAGAAAACAGCCACGGAUAUAUCCGCCGAUCACGUGACAGAGGCGGCCCAGGUGAAGCGGACCCGGGAGCAAGCCUACUUCAACUCCUACGACUUCGAUGCAAUCGAGGUGCUGCCCUACGAGGAGGAGGACGACGAGACGGGGGAUACGAAUACGAGUCAGAGCAGGAGCAGGAGCCAAAGCGGAAACGGGAGCAGCAGCAGUCGGAGCAGCAGCACCAGGAGCUACUCCGCGGCCAAAGAUCCUGGUGGGGCUAAUAAGUUCGCCUAUCUGCAACGCCUGGGAGCCUUUUUUGCUCGAAACGGAGGAGCUGGAGUGGGUUUGCCAGCAGAAGAAGCCGCAAGCGGAGCGGCUCCAAGUGGAGGAGGUCCAAAUCCAACCAAAUCGUCUACGAAAAGCAGCAGCGAAAAUUUUCUUCUUCCACGAGCCAUGCUUAAGUAUCAAAGCUCAGCGACAACAUCAGCCUCGCCAUCGUCCACAUCCACGGCAGCAGCUCCAAUGCCAUUGAAGAAUGGACUGGGCAAUGGAAUGGGGAAUGCAAUUGGUCACGACCAACAGCUGGAGGUGACCACCACCACCAACGGAGUGGGGGAGCGCAGCAAGAAGUGCUCGAUUGCCUCCAAUGUCAGCAGCACGCAUUCCGCGGAUUCCGGGCUGCCACUCGCAGCAGCAGCAACAUCGACAACAGCAGCAGCAACAUCUGCAGCGGCAGCAACAUCUGCUGCAGCAGCAGCAACACAGGCACAGGCGGCUGAGACGGGGGGCUCACACUAUUCGACGGACAAAAGCGGAUCGUCCGGUUAUUACAGCUCCAAUGUGUGCUCCACUUACUCGCUGGACGAGCACAUCUACUGCGAACCGGUCAUCGAUGUCCAGGAGAAGAUCAAGAGUGUGGCCGCCAGGCAGCGAUUGCGACCGCCGCUCCAGCUGCCAACGAAAGUGGCGGCUCCCCAGGAGGUGCCACUGCCAUCGACGGACCCACCCGAAAGCUCCGCUGAAAAGUUGUCCGCAGUGAAGAGUCAGCGCUCGGACAUGCAAGAUGCAGCUGGAGCUGCUGCCGUAUCGAAUGACCAUCAUCAAACCCAAUCAAAUGCCCAGGCGGCCGAGGGGAUGCAGCACUACAGCAGCAAGCUGCGCAUCCUGGAGACGAGCAUCGAGAAUCUGGACCGCCACCUGAAGACCUUUCCCUGCCUGUAUGCCCAGGAGCAUAUAGUGAGCUUUAUGCAGGCAGCCGGGGGAAGAGCCACGGAACCACCGAGCCAUGCCCUGGAUAUUGGAGAGAAGCUGCGGGCCUACAACCAGCUGCCCACCAUCAUGGAGCAGCAGCAGCAGCAAGAGCAACUGGUGGAUGAUUCAUUGCUGGACAUUGAUCUAGACGCCUUCCUUUUGGCGCCCAACGUGGGGCAUCGGGGCAUCGACAAUCCCAGCUUUCUGAACGACGAACAGCUGGCGGAGAACAACUACAAGUGCGCCAAGUACAUCAACUCCUGUCCCGAGGAUGCCUAUCGCCUGGAGAGCGAGCGGGGCGGAACGGGGGGCGGACCUGGAGUGGGCGUGGCCGAGGAGACGUAUGCCAAGCGCUAUGAGGAUCAGCUGCAUUUCCAAAACACCCGUGAGCUGCUGGAGGAUGUCCGUGAUAAGAUCCGCCUCCUGUCGCGUGCCACGCCCUCGCCCACACCCGCCAGCACCCCGCCCUCGGAUGUGCCCAAGGAGCUGGAGGGCAUGAUCCACACGCUGAAGCACGAGCUGGAGUCCUACCUGCAGCGCAUGAACCAGCACAGUGAGCUCGAGCUGCGCCAGCUGUGCAGCGGCCUGGGUCGCCAGCAGCACGUGGUCCGCCUGCAGAACGCCCUGGAACGCAGACGCAGUUGCGCCGAUCUCCAGCUGAACGCCUACGAAGCGGUACGCGACGGUGUGCUAAUCUCCGCCAGCGGCAGACCGCUCAGCGUCCGCGAACAGAUCAUGACCAUUCGAUGUGCCAGCGAUCCCAACUUCAAGAUGAAGCGCAAGUCCAUAGCGGAGAUCUUCCCCGCCGCCGAGUGCUAUGUGGAAUCGGAGGUGACCACCACCAGUCUGUCGCGCAGUGCCACGCCCUCGCCCGCCUCCACGCCGCAGCUGGAGCUCGAGGCCCUGCAUCCGGGCAUGGCCAACGCAACCACCACUGUUGUAACGCAAAUGCAGCGGAAUCUCACCUUCCACAAGCCCAUCCUGGCGGCGGCCAGUAGCAGUCAGGGAUUCAGCGGAGCCAUGGCGGUCGACGGAGCUGGUGGGCACAAGGCAGAUCGGGAGCGGGAACGGGAGAGCAUUGCCGAGUGGCACCGCAAGAAGCCGAGCAUUUGGGAGAUGUACUACGGCACCAACCGGCUCCAUCAGUCACUCCUCGGAAAGCAGCGAAGUGGAGGCGAACUGGUCAUCAGCAGUGCCCAGCCCACUCUGUCCUAUCCAUCCUCACGACCCGAAUCGGACUUUACGCUCGACCUUCCGCGGGCCGAGCAGCUGCGUUUGAAGAUGGAGAAGGAGAAGAAGUUCCGCCAAAGAUGCCGCUUCAUCACCACGUUCCUCAGCCUGGUCUUCUUCCUGCUGACUGUGAUGGUGGUCAGUCUGGUUUUGACCCGCGGCAAACGGAUGUUCGGCAGCAUGAUUUGAGGACUCUAGUUAGCCUCUGGACCCGACUCUGCUUAGUCGAGAGAAGGCAGAAUAUUACAAACUACAGUGCCAACCACAAUUGAAAAACGUUAGCGAAGCUCAAGUUUAGUGUUAGAGGUAGUCGUAAGCUCCCUGAGGUUUUUUCUUGGCAGGGCAGGACCGCCACAGCCGCAGUCGCAGUAUUGUUAAUAAAUUAUUUAUGUGAUCCUAGUUGUUAAGUCCGAGUAAGUGCAUUUGUUUUGUGCGUACGCGUAUACUGCCUGUAUCCAGCCUAUUGUUUGUCCAACGUAUCGUUAAGCCCAUCAAACUGUAUUAAGUCUAAAUGUAUAACUAAGUUUAGCUAGAGUCUUGUGAAAGUGUGGAGAAUAAACAGAAUACCAAGUACA